AUGAUGGAAGAGAUAAAAGCACAGAUAAAACAUUCCGCCACCCAGAAGCGUAAACGCAAGCACCUCGAGAUACUUCAGGCCGAGGCCAACAAUCUUGGCCGUAUCAACACGGAGUCUCCUGCUACGGACGUCAUAGAUAAAACAGAUACCCUUACAGACUCCGAUCUUUCUCCUGGCCAUCUCAGCGUUGCCUUCAUUUCUGGACUUAGCAACGAUAGUAGCUCGGUGCUGCAGGAUUCUCCUAUGCAAAGCAAGACGCCAAUCGGUCAAGGGGAGGCUGAUAAAGAGUUACAUCUGCUUAUGAUAUACCUCGACUAUGUUUUCCCGUACCUCUUCCCGCAUUACCGAUCAUCGAUUCUCGCGGGUGGCCGAGGUUGGAUAUUGGAAAUACUGCACACCAAUAAGGCUGUGUACCAUAGCGCGGUUUCCUUAUCAACGUCGUUCUAUGCUAUUGUUCUUAACAAUGGCGACAGAGCCCACGAUGAAUGCACAAUACAAAUGAUACACAAAUUUGAGAGCCAGAUAGAGCUUGGUCUCAAAGAGUUGCACAAGGAAGUAAAUUAUAUCAACACCAAUGCUCCAGGUUUUGACAUGAAAAAAGGGCUCGUGGUUAUGCAGAGCAUUCUUCAAAUGAUCUUUUUUGAAGUGGCGACAUCUAACAAGGAUAAUUGGAAGUUGCAUCUCAAUGCAGCCAUUGCAGUUUUCUUGCGAAUUCUCCCCGACCCAAAGGAGUGGAGCAAGACACUGAACAGCUUGUAUACCCAUGCCCACAAAUGGCCGCCUCCGGAGUUUGGGUUAAGGCGACCGUGGACCACAAACCAAGCGGCGCUGCGAUUCUUUACAGCCACAAUUCUAUACAUCGACAUUUUAUCGAGUGUCACCUUGGGCAAGUUGCCACAACUUGCCAGUUACCAUGCAAGUAUUGUCCCAGAAUCCCUAUCUUAUGAGAAGAGCUUUGAAGCAAUCCAAGCUGGCUAUCUGUGCUUUGACGAGUUCUUUGGAUUACGAAACUGGAUUGUGCAGGUCAUAGGUGAUGUAGCAUCUCUGGAAGAGUGGAAGCGCAGGCACAAGAAGAGCAAUUCCUUGCAGGUCAGCGAACUCCAGUCUCGUGGUAAAGUCCUAUCGGAUGUAAUUAAAGCAGGUAUUCAGUCUCUGGAGAGUCAUUGCCAGCGGCAAUACAUUGCUCAGGAUGUCACCACACUCCGAAUUGUCGAUUCUUGGCCUGACGCAAAUGCGAACCAGCAGCCCAAGCACGAAAUUUCAUACUGGGGUGGCAGCCUUACCACCAAGAAAUUCGUUGGUCAGUUGCGAAGGCAACGGACCUACUUUGUCAAGUUCCAGGAGGGCCUGGGAUACGGGCACUGA